AUGCAUUCCAUCGUGCUGCUGCUGAUUGUUACCGCCUUCUCAACGCGGGUAGCGGCUGUCCCUCGCCGUCCCGUGAUUCAAGAGGGAGACGACGUCUUUGUGACUGUAGAGAACGGCGACCUGAGGGGCGUGGUGGCCACGUCACUGAACGGUGCUCUCUACAACCAGUUCCUGGGCAUACCGUACGCAACGCCACCUGUCGGAGAUCUUCGGUUCCGCGCUCCGCAGCCGGCAGCCUCUUGGUCCGGGGUUCGAGACGCUCUGUCUUUCGCGGACCCGUGCGCCCAGCCCGCGUUUGCCGGGUUGCUGCCCUCCACUGACGGCUCCGAUGACUGCCUCUACCUCAACGUCUACGCGCCGGCUACGGCAAGUGGACCUUUGCCCGUCAUGGUCUACAUUCACGGAGGAGCCUUCAAGACUGGCAGUUCUUCCAACGCCACUCCGCACUAUUUCGUGGAGAAGGGCGUCUUGUUGGUCUCAAUCGCCUACCGUCUCGGCGCCCUUGGGUUCCUGAGCCUACAGAACGAAGAUAUCCCGGGCAAUGCCGGGUUCAAGGACCAGGUGCUGGCCCUGCAGUGGGUGCAGAGGAACAUAGCAGCCUUCGGCGGGGAUCCCAGCAGGGUCGCCAUCUUUGGGGAGAGCGCAGGCGGCGGCUCCACGUCACAUCUCUUCCUUUCGCCUGCGACCAAGGGUCUCUUCAGUGGGGUGAUCAUGGAGAGUGGGGUAGCGACGACCCCAUGGGGGCUGACAGACAUACCACGCGAGAGGGCGUAUCGGAUGGCGGAGGCGCUCGGCUUCCAGGCGGAGAGCGAUAACCACACUGACGACGACGACGCGCGGCUGGCUGCCUUCCUUCGCGCCGCCAACUACUCAGACCUCAUCAGAGAUGACUCUCUCGCACUCACGGACUUCGAGAAGCGCUGUCCACUGCCGCUGGCGUUCCUGCCCGUCGUGGAGCCACCGUCGGACUCUGCGGUGAUCGUUGAGCAUCCAGCGGACGUUCUCAAGGCAGGCAGCUACAACCAGGUGCCCAUAAUUCUGGGCGUCACUUCUGGAGAAGGGAUCAUCAUACCCUUCUGUAAGUAA